AUGCUGAAAACAUACACUGGCGAAGUGAUUCCAGCAGAGGGAGUUUUCAUUGUCAUCGUGAAGAACAAGCAGAGGGCCAAGUUGCCACUGUAUGUAGUGCAGGGAAGUUCACCCCCACACUUUGGUCGUGAGUGGCUACGAAAAAUUCGAAUUGACUGGCGAGAGAUAAAGACAGUCCGUGAAGAGACGCUAGAGGGUGUGCUACAAAGACAUGCCGAGGUUUUUAAGAAGGAGUUGGGCACCCUGAAAGGCAUGGAAGUAGCCAUAGCGCUGAAGCCGGAUUAUGUCCCACGUUUCUGCCAAGCGAGAGUUGUUCCCUAUGCGCUUAGACCAAAAGUGGAGGUUGAAAUUGAACGACUGUGUGACCAGGGAAUCAUAUCCCCUGUCAAAUUCAGUGAAUGGGCAACACCCAUUGUGCCUGUUGUGAAAAAGAAUGGAGAUGUAAGGAUAUGUGGGGAUUUUAAAGUCACAAUUAAUCCUGCCCUGUGCGUGGAGAAAUAUCCCAUUCCACGCAUUGAAGAUUUAUUCGCUUCACUUUCAGGAGGGCAGCAGUUUAGUAAACUGGAUUUGUCUCACGCCUACUUGCAGAUGGUGAUCGAGAAAAAUUCCAGGAAAUGCCUCACAAUAACCACAUCCAAGGGUCUGUUCAUUUACAACAGGUUGCCAUUUGGAGUUACCUCAGCACCAGCCAUAUUCCAACGUGCCAUGGACCAAGUCCUACAGGGUCUGCCGAACGUCCACUGUUAUCUGGACGACAUAUUGGCCAGUGGACAGGAUCAUUUUCAGACGCUUCCCUUACUAGAUGCUGUCCUUGGGCGCUUGGAAGAAUUCGGCUUACGAGUGCAGAAGGAAAAAUGCAAAUUUUUCAAGGAUUCACUGGAAUAUCUGGGUCACGUCAUCGAUGCUCAGGGUCUACACAAGGCACCUGAGAAAGUCAGAGCAAUCGUGGAGGCUCCUGCACCAACAGACGUGAGUCAGUUACGUUCUUUCUUGGGCUACCUGAGUUGCACAACACCUGUGAACAGCCAAGAAAUCUGCAGAGAGAGCAGGGGUGACCCUGUCCUUGCCCAAGUCCUGGACAUGGUCUCCACAGGUCGAUUUCCAAGGGUCCAGGAUGCAGCCAGCACAUUGUCACCAUUCAUCAGCCGGAAGGGUGAGUUGACACUCCAGCAAGGUUGCCUUAUGUGGGGUGUGCGUGUUAUCAUUCCCUCAAAACUGAGAUCACGAGUGCUGUCUGAACUGCAUACUGGACAUGCAGGUGUUGUCAAAAUGAAAGCUGUCGCCCGCAGUUACAUGUGGUGGCCCGGAAUUGAUGCUCAAAUAGAACAAGUCUCAAAAACCUGCCAAUCCUGUCAACUUACACAGAAAGCACCGGGACCAGCACCGCUUCAUCCAUGGACCUGGCCGGGAUCCCCAUGGCAGAGAAUCCAUGUUGACUUUGCCGGACCGUUUCAGGGCCAAAUGUUCAUGGUAGUUGUAGACGCCCAUUCUAAAUGGCCUGAAGUGCAUCUCAUGACUUCCACGACAACAACCAAGACCAUCCAGGUGCUCCGAGGGCUAUUCAGUCGCUAUGGGCUCCCUGAGGUGCUGGUGAGUGACAAUGGCCCCCAGUUUACCUCACAUGAGUUUGACAGCUUCAUGAAAGGUAACGGAGUAAAGCACAUUUAA